UCAAACCAUGGGCAUAGCUUAACAACUCCAUCAAUCAAACAAGAGAGCUCAAGAACAAGGGCUACAAAACUUUCACGCCAUCAAAUUAAUCAGAAAAAUUAGAAACUAAUUCUAGUGAUGUUAGGCAAAACCUCGAAGCCGGUGAUCGAGAUUCUCACCGGAUCUCUGUGUUCCGGCAGCGGAAGCCCUAGGAGUCAGAUUCAGUCGCCGAGGGGGCUGAAAAGCCUGGAUCUCGGCACCGUGGGUUUAGGCAUAGUGGCCGCUCUCGAGAAUUCCAGCGGCGGAGGUAGGGACGGUAUUCUCGGCCGCAAUUCGACCCGAUCGAGUCCGAUUCCGGUGAAUUUUCCCCAAAAUUGCUGUAGAAGCAGGACAGAGGAGGUGGAGGUGGAGAUGGAGAUGGAGGAAUACACGAUAGUGACAUGUCAUAGCCCGAGCAAUCGCAAUCGCAACAGCAACAGCGUGUUCCACAUAUCUCCGGCUAGAGGCGUGGAGGAUGGAGGCGCAGCUCCGGCGGCGGAAUUUUUGAGCAGGUGCGAUUUGUGUCGGAAGAAGCUCGACGGCAGAGACAUAUACAUGUACAGAGGAGAAAAAGCAUUCUGUAGCGCGGAUUGCCGGUAUACGCAGAUGGUGAUGGACAAGUGCAGUGCGGAAGCGUCGAAGCCGGCGGAGGUUGCAGGGUCGCCGUGCGAUUACGGGCAAAUGUUUACCGCCGGGAUUCUGGCUUCAUAGAUUUAUUGUGAUUCCGUCAAUAACACUUUUUGUUUGAGUACUAAUACUAGUCUAUAAACACUGCGGAAAUGUAACACAGCUCAGAAAUUAAACGGAGCAUCCUUUUCGACAUC